AUGCGUGCAUUACAGAAGAGUUUUCUAGAUCUUGGAUCAGAAGGAAGUCAACCAUGGAUGCUACCUCAAGUAGAAGAUGAUUCAGAAAGCAUCGAAAUACCUGAUCACUAUUCCACAGCGUGUAAAUGCAGAACGGGAAAUCAGAAAUGUUGGACAAAAUGCGCCCGAAUCUACCAAAGCAAAAGACGAGCUGAAAGUCCAAGAUCCGAGCAAAUACUACCAGAUAUACUGAAGCAAUCUUCGGAGAUUGAUGAUAUAAUAUACGAGGACAUUUUGGACAACAAUCAAAGGAAUUCAGCUGAUUCCCCAAAUCUGGAGGAACUUUUGGACAGUUUACCGUUCCCCUGGAGGAGAAACAUAUACAGAUUGAUCCAGAAGGCAGAGAUGGCGGAGCUUGAAAACUUCUUAUAGUUACAAUGCUAUAACUCUAUCUUUGUAAGGUAUCUUGCCAGUUCUAUGGGGAUUCAUCAAAGAAACAACGUGAAAAUAAACCUUGGAAUCCUAUUUAAAAGUUGGAUUGGGAGCAAGAAAUACAGUCACCGACAAAAUGACAGAGAAAGACAUCGACCAUGCUAGAAAGCAUGCAAAACCUUCAUUUGUUUUACUCUUUUCGGUUGUCUUUCAAAAAAAAAAGGAACGGAAAACUCUAUUUAUAUCAGUCAUUUUUAAUUUACGUUAGAAAAAAAUAUGUUCUAUGUAAUAUUACAUGUAUCCCACUGUCAAAUACUAUAAAACUGUAGGCAGAUUUUACGGGAGACACCUCAAGAUUGUACGGACAUUUUUUUUUUAAUCAGAGUGAUAUAGAAGAGGGCAUGGUCUAAUAAUAUUUUGAGAUAAUGCUCUGUGAUAAAAGAGAAUAUCGAAAAGCCAGAUGCAUCUAACGACUGAGAUUAUUAGCUUUUCAUUUAGGUGCUAUCAAGCUGCCAGCAUCAUUAUAUCUUUAUCUCGUUAGCAUCAUCGUAUAUCUAAUUUAUUAAUCCAUUAAUUUUUACUGCGCCGUGUCAGCUUAUCCAAACCCACUUGCACAGAUGGCGUAAACUGCGAUAAAGACUAUGUCUAUUGUUCUGCAAUUUGUCAUUUAUUAUUAACAACAGAAUCCCAUCUUACAUCUUUCCAAUUAUUUUAUCCCCAAAGUCGAUGAGAGCAAACUAUAUCUCCCGUUUGUGCACCUUUGAACAAUGAAUUACAUUGAAUUAUUUUCAUAUAACCAUACUCUCUUGGAAGGUUUAGGUCACUCUAAUUCAUGCAUAUAAAUGUUGGUACUUUUGGGAUAUUUUAAAAAACUUUGGUUGAGUUCUUCAGCUUAAGAGAUUUCAAAAGAACUGGAACUCAAAGUCAUUUUUAUUAUUUCCCAAAGGUUUUAUUUGGGAAGGUUGUGUUAUCUGUGUUCUUUUCCUAUACUAUUCUUCACAAAUAUCUGAGCAAUUAUUAAAGCUAAAAAUAUUUACAAGAAAAAUUAUCAUUAUUUGCUUUACGUAAUUUACAUUAUGUAUAUUUGCGACGGCUCCAAAUCAACUAAAGAAUAUAUUAAUGUGUCUUAAUUCAUGUAACAAUGUAGUAAUACUUAUUGCAGUAUGGGGUCAUAAUAAGAACUAGGAUUUCCAAAAGCUCAUCACAUGUGAUGUUACUUCCUAAAUAUACUCUGACUUUGAAGUGAUGAAAAUUGGAAUACGGAAACCAAAACUAAAGAGUAAAGGAAAAGUCUUGCACCAAAUGUAAAUGAUGAAAUUCAAUGUAAAAAAAAAAUGAUUCCCUUUUAUACAAGUCAUAACCUAAAUUUAAUGAAAAAUUUAUGUAUAAUUUCAAAAUAAUAAAUUGCUCGGUGCCGUGCUGAUAAUCCAACAUUAUUAUAUCAAGAUUAGGAAAAUAAACACCAAAGAAACGUGUCAAAAUCAUAAUAUGGCCCGUAUUUUCUGCAAAAGCGUAGAAGGUCCCCAGUAUCAAAGGAAUUGAUUACUAAUGCAUUUUAUUGGUAUGCCAAAGAAAUAUCCAGAUGUGUUCAUAUCAAAUAAUAUUUCCAGAUUCCAUAUUCUUUCCCUUCUUUCCAUGCCAAUUGUGAUAGGAGGAAAAAAAUUAACAAGGAUACAUUGUGUUAGGUAUGUUCGGUUGUUAUGUUUGCCGAGUAAAUGUCCAAUAUCAUUUUUAUUACAACAGCUACUUAUAAUUUUCAUUUGUUUUUUAGAUUGAUUGGGAGAAUAACCUCAGUUCCCAUUAUGUAAAAUCGUUAGUUAAACUUAUUUGUUUGAUUGUAUCAAUUACAAAAAUGUCCUUGCUAAGUACUAACUGACCAUUAAAGCAUUGUGACGUGAAAGAAUAAAAUGUAA